UAGCACACGGCUCCAUCCGCUCCUCGCCAUGGGAGAUGCCUGUGCCAUGGCCCCCGGAGCCACCCCAGGGCUGGGUCCAGGCCAGCAGGGCGCUGUGACCGCAGGUUUGGUGACCCCGCUCCGGUCCAUCAGCUCCAUUCACGCUCUCCCGGUUGUGUUCCUGCGGUUUGGAGUUCAUUCCAGAGGCUCUGCCGGGUUCAUGCAGGAACAAGGCAAGUUUUCCAUGUCGGAGCAGGCCCUUGGCUGGCUGUGCCGGCCGGGAGCCAGCCUGGGAAUCUUCCCAUCUCCCUGGGUCCCUGCCAGGGCCACCAGGACCCCACAGCAGGCAGGGGGCAGCCAGAGGUGAUCUGGCUUUGGCAAUGGGAGCACCUCAAGCCGUGAAUCCCCAUCCAGCACCGCGGCUGCACCAGCACCACGCCGGACGUCACCGUGUCCCAUCACGCUGUGUGACGCAGCCUGGCAUGGAGGAUGCCCCAUGGUUUUAAUCCCAUGUGAGCUCGUCCUCGCCCAGCACUGACUCAGCAGGAGCAGCCGCGGUGCGGAGCAGCUCCUGGGGGAGAAGGGGAGGACGUGGCUGGGACCGGAACCACAGGGACAUCGGGAUAGCCUGGACGAGCACAAGGAGCAGCACUGUGGUGCCGAGCCGGCUCCCACAUCGCAGGGCCCAUCCAGCUGCCGACACCUGAGCCCAUCGCUGCGGUUGUGGGGCACUCACCCGGUGCCAGUGCUGAGGAUGCCCGUCGAGGCGCUGCAGGCCGGCGACGCCAUGAAGGGGGUACCGGUACCGGUACCGGCUCCCUUCACCUCAACCAUGCCCAUCCGCAUCCUUCGCAAGGGCCCUGCUUAUUUCCGCCGUGGCACCGAGCCGGGUGCCGGGAAGCCGAGCGCGGUGGAGAGGCUGGAGGCCGACAAGGCCAAGUACGUGAAGAGCCAGCGGGUCGCCAGCACCAGGCAGGAGCCGGUGAAGCCACCACUGCUCAAGCAGCCCCUGUUCACAGCGGGGGUGCGCCGGGCAAUGCUCACCCCCAGCCGCAGGGCACCGCCGGGACCGCGUCGUGCUGAGCCUACGGGCACCAAGACCUGCCUUGACCUGGAGAUCCUCAACAACCUCAUCAACCUGUGCGACAGCCCCUUCCCCAUGGCGGAGAACCCGCUGGGCAGGGACUGCAAGUGGAGGGCGGAGGUGCCGGCGCCGCGGUGCAGUGGGGCGGAUGGCGCUGCCAAACCACCGGAGAGUCCCAUUGCUGCCAACCCCCCUGGCAGUGUGGCCGUGAGGAGGGUGGAUGUGCGUCCCUGCAGGGCUCCACGGGGGCCGGUGACACCGGUGACACCAAUGAUACCAGUGACACCAGUGACACCAAUGAUACCAGUGACACCAGUGACAUCGAUGACACCAGUGACACCAGUGACACCAGUGACACCGGUACCCGCAUCCCCCAUCCCCGGUGCAGCCCCGGCGCAGGUCUCACCCGCCCGCCCCGAGGGCGCGCGCCGGCAGCCGGUGCUGCACCGCUCCAAGUCGGACCUGAGCGACCGGCUCUCUCGUGCCACCGCAGACCUGGAGCGGUUCUUCAACUACUGCGGCCUGGACCCCGAGGAGCUGCAGGACACGGGCGCCGAGCGCUUCGCCCGCGCCAGCUCCGACAUCGUCUCGCUCAAGUUCCACAGCGUGAGCACGGCCAGCUCGGAUGGUGGCCGCUCGCCAACCAGCGCGGCCACACCGGAGGGACGCCCGCCGGAGCGUGUGCCGUAUGGCAUCUCCAUCAUUGAGCGCAAUGCCCGUGUCAUCAAGUGGCUGUAUGGGCUGCGCCAGGCCAGGGAGCACCAGCAGGUCUCCAAUGUGUAGC